CUAGUGUAAAUUGUACAUCGUGAUCCUGUUGUUGCAGGAUUUUCAUUCUAGUCCAGACAUUGGGAGUAAACCUUUUCGAUUGCAAACCAACAAUAUCAGUGAAUUCUUCGAGGGAGUCAGUUGAAAAUUGUAAUUUGGUGGUUGUUCCUCGUCCAACAAUGGAAGAGUCGUACAUUUGGUGCUGUCUGCUGGAAGAUUAUCUUCUGUCGCUUACCAACAUCAGCAACGUUUCGGACUAUGUGGAUGUUCUGAUAAAAUCACUUCCCCUGAUUCAAGAUGUGAGCCCUGAUCAAAUGGAAGCGGUUCGAGGGAUGCUUCAUAGUUUGUUGAAGUUUAUCGUCUGCACGAUUGAAAUUUGUGAGAAGGGCUUGGAUAUCGAGAGGCAGAUACUGCGGAGACAGCUUCGUCAUCUUCUUCCGGAAGUUUCAUUCGAUCCAUCUGCUGUGAAAUAUUAUCGAGAUCUGACAGAUGUUUUCAUUGAGUUUUGGAAUAAGAAAUGUGACAUAAUAACAAAGAUUCGUUCCAAAAUGAGCCCUCCUGACAUGAACGAAAUAGAAAAUGAAGUGAUGGAUGUGGUGCUUGUAGUGUUGGAUAAAAAUGCAAAAAUUGAGCAAUUGUUGGAGUUCUUUAAUGUGUACAACAGUUUUCUAGAACGUCUUGAUGCGGUGUCAUUUGACUGGUUGAUCCAGGCUAUUCCCGGUGUCGACAUGCAAAAUUUACUUUCAAUUGAACUGAUCAGUCAGGUCUUCCCUCAGUCCGCUUCGAACAACAGAAAACAAUCGGGUUUGAAUUAUCACGCUUAUCAAGUAACAGACCCGGAGAAGUUCGUUCAGAUGCUGCCCGUUUUACAUAGAAAAGCAGAGAUUCCAGCACAUAAAAUCGCUCUCGUUGUGAAAAAACAGUUGGCCUUGAUUCUGUUUCAGCUGAAGAGAAAUCAAUGGUCAUCUGGACUCGAUAUAUCAAAAUCCGAUCAGAUUGCAACCACGGCAACGUUGAUUUCAGUGGUGGCAGAACGGCUACCGAAUCUGAACAACCAGUGGAAAUAUGAUUCGAACGAGAGUUUCGUGGCUGCAAACGUGAAAUAUUUGAGCUACGCUGUGAAUGACAGCAGCAGCACGGACGAUUUUGAAUCACGCAUUAGGUUUAAGGAUAUGUUCAUUAAGAAUAUUUUUUAUCUGUUCAUUAUUUUGUUGGUUCUUGGACUAUCGAUUGGUAGAAUAUGGCUGAAUGAGAUCUUUGGCAAGAAACCCGAUAAUUAUAACGUGCGUUAGAUUUAAAGAAAACAUAUGGAUUCAUAUAAUGAAAAAUACGCAGUAAUCAACUGGAUGUGUGAUCGUUAUUUGUGGUCCUGAAACGACUGGAUUGACAUUCCAGAAAGUAGGGCACCAAUCCAUGUCAGUUGUCGUAUGUUUGGGCCUCGACCUAGAAGGAUUCUUUGUGUCAAUAGGAACGUAACGCACCGUAAGCCAUGCAACAAUGGCUUCUGUGCGUUGGAGAUCGGCUGUGAAGCCUAUGGAAGAGCAAGCGGAGGAAGGUCGAGCUCUGCACCGGAUGGCAGUACCAAAAAUUAUCUUUGAGUGUUGACAAGAAAUUGGAUGAUCCACGUAAAAAAACCCGUUAUCAAUGGUCAAAUGUUGUAUUUGUGUCUGGAUCUGAAAAUAAAUAAGUGUUA